AUGACAAAAGAAUUUGAGGGAAAGGUUGCUCUUAUCACAGGAGCGGGCAGUGGCAUUGGUCGCGCAACAGCUCUGAAGCUCUCCUCCCUCGGCGCUUCAAUCUCCCUCUGCGACAUCAAUCAAUCCAACCUUGAAGUCGUCGCUUCAGAAAGUAGCACGCCCUGCUACACCCAGAAAGUCGAUGUCAGCAAGAAGGAGGAUGUGGAAAGCUUUGUCAACAAUACGGUCAAGCAACUAGGAGGCCUGAACUAUGUAUUCAACUGUGCAGGCGUGAAUCCAACUAGUAUGAAAGUCGAAGACACGAGCGAAGAGUACUGGGACAAGUUGGUAAACACAAACCUCAAGGGCGUCUUCCUCGUCACACAAGCAUGUCUACCUCACCUUGAGCGCGGUUCGGCAAUCGUCAACGUCUCGAGCAUUAGUGGCGUCCGCGGCUCAGCUCUGCAGUCUGUAUACUGUACUACCAAGUUUGGGCUCAUUGGCAUGUCCAAGUCGCAUGCGCUCGAGUUUGGGCCCAGGGGCAUCAGAGUCAAUUGCGUGGCGCCGGGGUACAUUGAUACGCCGUCGAAUGCGGGGAUUGUGAAGGGUGGAGAGGCAGUGGAGAGGAUGCGGAAUGGAAAUGCGCUGGAGAGAUUGGGGACGCCGGAGGAGGUGGCGGAUGUUGUGGCGUUUUUGUUUGGAGAUGGGGCGAGGUAUGUCAAUGGUGCUGUGGUGGAGAUUGAUGGGGCAGUUAAGAUGAGUAGUACUACCAGUAAAUGA